AUGGAGAGGUUUUGGAUUAAGAGAUUUUAUUAUUAAUUUUGGAUCAUGUACUAGUAAUUGUAAUAAUGUACAGGACCUACUGGAUCUGAAUGUCAAAGUAUUAUUUAAUUUAAUAAAUAAUAGUGUAUUCUAAAGGAUGUUAUAUUACUUGA